UUGUACCCCGAAACGGUGUCGUUCUCUGGAAAACGUGAGUAUAAAUCCGUACGGUCUUCGCGAUAACGGCGAACUGUGGCACAGCUAUGGCGUCUGCUCUUUCCUCCGGCUUCACUUCUAAUCUUUCAUCGUUAUGCUCUUCUUCAGCUUCAUCGAAUAGUCGAUUUCUCUUUUGGAACCCUAAUCCUCUUGGUUUUGCUCUUCCUCUUUGUCGCUCAUCCCGAUCUGUUCUUGUUUUGGCUCGUCGCCAGAACCGGAAUGCGUCCGUAAAAUCGUCGUCUCCGUCUCUGAAGAGGAAGAAGAAGAAAGGUUUUGGGAGAGAUGAUGGAAGAAGAGAGGAGGGUGAAGAAGGGGAUGAUGAUCCGUUUGAGGCACUGUUUAAUAUGUUGGAAGAAGACCUUAAGAACGAUGAUGAUGGUGAUGAUGGUGAGGAGAUAAGUGAAGAGGACUUGGAUGCAUUUGCUCAGGAGUUGGCUGAUUUGUUGGAUGUUGGCGAUGAUGAUGGUAGCAUCACCUUGUCUGGUUCAGCCGCUGGGGAUGCUCAUGAUGGUGAGGAGGUUGUCGGUGAGGGUCAUGAUGAUGAUGAUGAUGACAGUGAAGAAGAUGAAAGACCAUUGAAGCUGAAGAAUUGGCAGCUCCGGAGAUUAGCUUAUGCGCUGAAAGCUGGGCGCCGUAAAACUAGUAUAAAAAAUCUGGCAGCUGAGCUUUGUCUCGACAGGGCAUAUGUUCUUGAAUUACUUCGUGACCCGCCUCCUAAUCUCCUGAUGCUAAGUGCUACGCUACCCGAUGAAACUCCUCCACCAGUGGCUGUGGUACCUGAAAGCAACUCACCCGAUCCGCUCCCCGUUGAAUCAACCGAGGAUGUGAUCGAGCCCGAGGAAAAGGUUAAAGAGCCAGUCCAUGUGAUGCAACGCAAAUGGUCUGCUCAGAAAAGGCUGAAGAAAGUUCAUGUCGAAACCAUGGAGAAAGUUUACAGAAGAUCGAAACGACCCACUAAUGCUAUGAUCAGCAGCAUUGUGCAAGUGACUAACCUUCCUCGGAAACGGGUUGUGAAGUGGUUCGAAGAUAAGCGGGCAGAGGACGGGAUACCGGAAAAGCAAGCUCCAUAUCGAGCUCCUGUUUGAUUCCCAACUCUCUUCCCUUUCGCCUCCACAGGCAGUUAUUUUAUAUGUCUUGGCCCCGAAGAAACUGUAGAGAAUCAACACAAUCCAUCAGAGCACAUGUAGGAUAGAUGCUGAGAAAUUAAUAUGUAUACAUAUAAAUAUUAUUU